CCUCUAUUGUUCCAGCGACUACUGGUUGCUAAAAAAUACGAAAAUGGCACGCUUCGUAAGACGAUCAGCAAGAUCCCUGCUUUAUUUCAACAAAACGGAAAAUGGUGUAAAGCACUUACCUGUAUUUGGUAGAUGUUUUGCAAGCAGUGGUGGUGAUUCUCCUGAUGAUCUUCGCGUUCGUUAUUUAGAAGGCGAAUAUUUAGGGGUGGUGGUGCUUGCCUUCAACCGACCAGAGGCAAAGAAUUCAUUCAGUCGAAAUAUUCUUGAGUUGCUUAAAGAUGCAGUGUCAACUAUCACUUAUGAUAAGAAUGCUCGGGUGGUGAUACUCAAAAGCGAUGUACCAGGAAUAUUUUCUGCAGGGGCUGACCUGAAGGAACGUGUCAAGAUGAAACCCAGCGAGGUCGGCCCGUUUGUCAGCAGUGCGCGCAGGCUGAUCUCAGACAUCGGCGAUAUGCCCAUGCCGGUCAUCGCUGCCCUAGACGGUGUGGCGCUGGGCGGUGGCCUGGAACUUGCCUUGUCGUGCGAUUUCAGGUUAGCAGCGAGCACAGCCAAGAUGGGACUGGUUGAGACACGUCUUGCAAUCAUCCCAGGGGGAGGUGGAACCCAACGCCUGGCCCGUCUGAUCAACCCAGCCAAAGCCAAGGAGCUCAUCUUCACCGCCCGCGUCUUUGAUGGGGCGGAGGCGGAGAGACUGGGCGUGGUGAACCGGGCCGUGGAACAGAACGAGAAAGGGGAGGCGGCUUAUGAGGCGGCGCUGGAGUUGGCCAAGGAGAUCAUACCGCAAGGCCCAGUGGCCGUCAGGAUGGCCAAGAAGGCAAUCAAUAGGGGGCUGGAGGUCGAUUUGGCGUCCGGAUUGGAAUAUGAGAUGGCGUACUAUGCACAGGUUAUUCCUACCAAAGAUAGGGCCGAAGGACUGACGGCUUUCAGAGAAAAGAGGACUCCAAACUACACAGGAGAAUAGCUGGACAAUCUGAUCACAUAUUUGAAUGUAUAAUAACAAGCAGGCCUA